AUGCAUCAAGUGUUUUGUUUGAUGGACACUGACGAUGGCGGGACGAUCGCAAUGACGGAGAUCGAAAGUCUGAUGCAAUUGGUGGGGGUGGACGUGUCAAUCGAGGAGCUUGAAGACUUAAUAAGCGAGGUCGACACGGAUGGAAGCGGGGAGCUCGAAAAAGAUGAAUUUGUGGAGAUGAUGAGCCACAAACCAAAGCCGCCAAACUCAAUGCAAGAAGUGCUUCGUUGCUUCCGCCUCCUUGCGGGAAAGAACGCUCUCGGUUAUGGGAAAAUCGACCACCAGGUUCUCAUUUCACAAAUGACCAAAAUCGGGAGAGAUCCGAUGACCGUCGAUGAGGCAAGGAAGCUCACGAGACAGCUCGAACCUCUCAAGGAUGGCACUAUCAACUAUGAACGCUACGUGCUUAUGACGCUU